AAUAAAAACGUUAUUGUAUAGAAGCAAAAAAAAAAUAAAAAAUAAAAAGAAUCUAAAAACCACUCAGCUCUCCGCACCAUGUGAAAGGUUGGUGUAGUGGCAAGAACUCCUUUCGAAUCUGAACGCUUAAACUCCUCAUCAGAUACAUACAUACGAGCAUUUUCCCAGAAAAAAUUCCCCCAUUAUUCGAGCAAACCCAGAUAAUGAAGAGAGAUUGCGUUUUCUAAAGUCUCUAACUUUUUCUCAAUUCCUCCAGAACUUUUUUUCCUGAGGUUUUUUGACUCUUCUGACAUCGAAAGGUUGAGUGGAUCCAUGAUCUUAUUGAUCUGACAUCGAAAGGAUCUAGCUGCUUCAGUUUAUAUAUUGUCCCUUUUACAUGAGCUCGUUUGAAAGAAUGCAAAGUAGACCAUCUCUCUCUACAGAUUGUUUCACUUUCAACGUGAUAUUAGAGUACAAUACUAGAUUUAGUGAGGUCCUUUGUUUUAUUGGAUCUUGAGUUUUCUCUUGUCUAAAUGGGAAGACCUUUCUAUUGUCCAUAAGUUGAACGUAUAAUUUUCAUCUAGUGAAUUUCUUUGGUCUUUGUGUGAAGAAAUAGAACUUUUCUUUUUUUUCGGGUUUGAUGGGUAAAGAGAAUCAGUUGGAGACAACAAAUUGUGGAGUCAAUGAUCACGAUUGUCCACCCGUCAAGAACGAAGAACCAGCUGCUGAAGCGCGUUACAGUACAGACAGUGACUCAGGUUUACCAGCUUGUCGUGUAUGCCAUUCUGCAGAAUCUGACAGACGAGGAGAUGCUGCUUUAGGGUUUCUUGGGAUUACUCCUCCGGUUCCAGAAGCUCGUAAAAGCAAUGCAGAAGAAACCACUGAUGAUGUUAGCAAAGCUACAGAGACUGAGCUGAAGAAUUCUGUCGUCAAAAGCAAUGGAGGGGAAUCAGGCUUCGUCGAAAUAACAAGUCCUGAUGGGGAAGUUUUCAUUUGCACAAAUGAUAUAGAAAUGGGAAUCCAGCAGCAUCAGGAUGCACUGCUUGAGCUUGGAUGUUCCUGCAAAAACGAGCUUGCUUUGGUACACUAUGCUUGUGCACUCAAAUGGUUUCUCAACCACGGAUCCACCGUGUGUGAAAUCUGUGGACAUCCUGCAGAGAAUAUAAAGACUGCUGAUUUCAACAAAGUGGUCAUUGCCUUGAGAGAUUACACGGCACCAGACCUUGUGUUACCUGUGAAUACAGAUUCAACCAUAGAUUCAGAUGAAGUUGCUACCAUUCGAAGGCAACGACUUAGUGAGAUAUCAUCAUGGUUUGGUCCCCAUUCCCUGAAGAACAACAACAACAACAACAAUAGUUCUGUUGCGGCUUCUCAGGUUAUGCCCGAACAACCUUUAGGUGUUGUCAACUUUGAUAUCUUGCCUAUGGAAAGCCGUGCAACUAAAUGGGCUGUGGAAGGUACCGGGAUCCUACUUGCUACAGGGUUACUCACUGUUACUUUGGUCUGGCUCAUUGCCCCUCGUGUUGGAAAGAAAACUGCUAGGAGCGGACUUCACAUCCUUCUUGGUGGUCUCUGUGCUUUAACAAUAGUCAUCUUCUUCAGAUUUGUUGUGCUCACUAGAAUCAGGUAUGGUCCUGCACGCUACUGGGCAAUCCUAUUCAUCUUCUGGUUUCUUGUGUUUGGUAUUUGGGCUUCUCGUUCGAAUGCUUCUCACAGUAGCCCUUGAAUUCAUCAUCAUCCUCUUCUUCUUCCACUCUCUGUCUCUCUGUCUCUCUCUCUCUCCAUGCGUAAGUCUGUGUACUUCUCUUGGAGAAAAAAAGUGUACAUUGCUUCAUCAUAUAUAUAAGAAAAACAAGCUCAUGCUUCAUUGAA